AUGAAUAAAAGAGAGAAAGAGCGUGAACUGUGUGAAGUGAGUGAGGCAUCUGUCCAUGAAGGACUAGUGAGACAGCCAAUUAUUGAGGUUGAUAGAUCAGCUAUACCACCCAGGUUUGACUGGGAUACUAGAGAGCGUAUGCUGAAUGCUUUCAGGAAGCAUUCCCCACCUCACUACAAAGGUGGAAGAGAUCCCAUUGCAGCAUUGGAGUGGCUCCAAGAGAUGGAGCGUAUUUUUCAGGUUAUGGAAUGCGAUGCCAACAUGAAGCUCCUAUAUGCGGUGUACAUGUUACAGGGGGAUGCUGCUGACUGGUGGAGUAAUGUUAGAAACCCACUUGAGUGCCAAGAUUAUGCUAUUACUUGGCCAUUAUUUGAGAGGUAUUUUCUGCAAAAGUACUUCCCUGAAGAAGCCAGGGAAAGGAAGAAGAGUGAGUUUGAAGACCUCCGGCAGGGAGGCAUGACUGUGGACGAAUAUCUCAGCAAGUUCAACCGCUUGGCAAAAUAUUCUUGUUAUGGUAGAACUCCCCUCACUCCAGAAGACAAGGCCUUUCGAUUCAGGAAGGGUCUGAAUGAUAUGAUAGCAGACAAACUGGCGGGUCAUUGCACCAGAAAUUUUGUGGAGUUGAUCAAGCAGUGCCAGAAUAUUCAGGAGCACUAUCGUACCAGGGGAAAUGAAGCAGCAGGAAAGAGCUUCAGUGGGAGGACUACGCCCUGGAAGGGUAAGGGCAAGGGUUUGCAAGCACAGCAGAACACCAAGUUUAAGAAGACUCCCUUUGUGAAGAAUGGAAGCGGAAUGUUUAGUGCAGGGAAGAUUCCCACUUGUGCCAAGUGUGGGAAGAUGCAUACAAGUGUUUGUCGACUGGGGCAGAAUGUUUGCUUCAGUUGUGGUCAGGCAGGUCAUUAUUCCAAAGAGUGCCCCAAGAAGACGGGGCAAGUUGCAGCCAUUCAGGCGAUCCCUAUUCAGUCCGUGCCUACUCAGAGAGCCAUAGAGGAGCCUAUGGCGCCCACUAGUGCCAAGGUAUAUGCAGUGACACAGCAGGAGGCAGAGAGGUCUCCAAACCUUAUCAGAGGUACUAUUCUUAUCAGAGGAUAUGCUUUUGAUGCCAUGUUUGAUUCUGGAGCUACCCACUCCUUCAUAUCGGAAUUUGUUGCUAAUGGGGUACAUUUACCCAUUUGUGAGUUCACGCCUCCCAUGGUAGUGAAGACUGCCAUCGGAGACAUUGUUUCUACUUCCUUGAAGUGCAAAGAAGUCAGAUUCAUAUAUGAGCAAGAAGAGUAUAUGGUGGAUUUGAUAGUGCUUGAGGGCAUGAAUCUACACAUUAUCUUAGGUAUGGAUUGGCUGGUCCGAUAUGGUGUGAUGCUAGAUUGUUGUAGCAGAAGGGUUUUCUUUACUGCAAAAGGAGAAAAACCGGACAGUUUGUACUUGACGGCACAAAAAUUAAAUAAGGCUCUAAAUGAGGGAGAUGCAGGAUACAUUAUCCUAGGAGGACUCGUAGGAGACUCCAAAGAACCUACUGUUAAUAUUCCGGUUGUAUGCGAGUUUGAAGAUGUAUUUCCGGAAGAAAUUCCUCAUUUUCCACCUGAGAGGGAGAUUGAAUUCUCAAUUGACUUAGUACCUGGUGUGGGGCCUAUCUCAUUGGCUCCAUACCGGAUGUCACCAGUGGAGCUAGCUGAGCUGAAGAAGCAGUUAGAAGAAUUAUCCCGCAAGAACUUUAUCAGACCGAGUGAAGAACAUGCAGAACAUUUGAAGAUAGUUCUACAGAUUUUAAGGGAGCAUCAGUUAUAUGCCAAACCAUCCAAGUGUGAGUUUUGGUUACAUGAGAUCCAGUUUCUUGGACACGUCAUAUCAUCUACAGGAGUGGCUGUUGAUCCGAGUAAAAUUGAAGCUGUGCUGGAUUGGGAGAGACCCAAGAGUGUUACUGAGAUCCGAAGUUUUCUGGGUUUAGCAGGAUACUACAGGCGGUUUAUUAAUGGAUUCUCCAGAAUUGCCUUGCCAUUGACUAGGUUGACCCGAAAAGGGGUGCCAUUUGCAUGGACCCUUGGGUGUGAUGAGCGAAAGGUAGUGGCCUAUGCUUCUAAACAGUUGAGACCACAUGAAGAGAAUUACCCUACUCAUGAUCUUGAGUUAGCGGUCGUGGUUUUUGCAUUGAAAAUAUGGAGACACUUCUUGUAUGGUGCUACCUUCACAGUUUUUAUGGCUGAUGCCUUGAGCAGAAAGACCACGGGUGUGGCUAGCAUGAUGAUUGCAGAGUAUGAUUUGAUUGAGGAGUUCAGGGAUUUGCGAAUUUCUGUGACACCAUUUGAGACUUCAUAUUUCAUGACUACGGUCGAAGUCCGAAAUUCGUUAAUGGAAAAAGUUAAAGCGGCCCAAGUGCUUGAUGAAGGGAUCCAAAUGAUGAAAGAGCAAGAUUUUGUGUUCACCGAUGCUUCUCAUGUGAAAUACUACAAAGAUCGGUUAAUUGUCCCGAAGGGACCAAUGGUAAAAACUGAGCAUCAGAAGCCUUCUGGUUUGCUACAACCAUUAGAUAUUCCGGAGUGGAAGUGGAUGAGUAUAUCCAUGGACUUUGUUGUUGGAUUACCAAGAAGCCAGGCUGGAUUUGAUUCCAUAUGGGUUGUGGUUGAUAGGUUGACUAAAUCCGCCCAUUUCAUUCCAGUCAAGACGACCUUCUCCACAGAGCAGCUAGCCAAACUAUAUGUUAGAGAGAUUGUGAAGCUUCAUGGCAUUCCCGAAAGCAUAAGCACCUACUUGUUGGACGGAGAUCGGAGAAAGACAGUUAUUGGGGCCAGACUUGGUCCAAGAGACUACGAAGCAGAUUGA